AUGAUUGUCAAUUUGACGAAGCAGGUGGCACAGCUAGCAAAGUUAAAGGACGUUAAGGUCGCUGUGGAGGAGGAAAAGACACCAGAAACUCCUCCUACAGCACAGGUGGUUUUACCCCCAUUCCUUGCCAAGCCACCUCACUCUGAGCAUCACCCUGCUGACACUCUCCGUUAUUCUGACGGUCAAUUUAAUCUUCACAAGAUUCGCCGCGUCUGCUAUGCUGACGACCGUGAGAAAACUAUCCAUAGAAUUUGGUCAGCCGUGGUACUACCAUCUCAGAUAGACGAAAGAGCCGAGCAUUCAGCCAAAAAUAAGGUCGUCAUCCCACAAGCACUUCGAAAACACAGAGCCGAAGAGAAGGUAUUUGAGAAGCUUGAGGCCAUUCAGAUAACCGUCAGACAGCUCUUGUUACUUACCACCUUUGGGCGGCUUGAGUAUCUCUCGAACUCGAUGGAGAUUUCAAGCACGUAG